UCAUCAUUUCAUUGGCGGGGCAGAAUCAUGUUUCAUUGGUCGCACAGCCAUACUCUAUCAUGAGGUUUAUGAAUAUGAAUCUGGUUACGGUACAAAUAAGAAUAUAUUAAUGUAAUAAAUCAGUUUCUCUAUACGUUUGGAAGGAAUCUAAAAGAAGAGCUGGAUUGCGGAGUUUAUCGUUUGCCGUCGUUUAUCUGGUAAGUCCGUGAAGUCUUAACAUCAGGCUAAUGUUGUUGUGGAGCAUUUGUGGAAUAGCAGCAGUCACUACAGUGAACUACAUUCUGUCAUAAAGGGCUGUAGUGCAUGAAAAGUUUCAGUUUACCAUAGAAUAAUCUGCGUUCAUCAUAACUGCUGUCACUCGUGUCCAGCAUCAGAUGACAGAAGUCUGCGGUCCUCGUCUGAUCAACAUUUUCCUUCCGCAGGGUUCAACAAUGCCUGCUUUUCGCCAGGUCGGGGAGAAACAGCUCCCCAACCCUAUACUGUACAUGGCCUGGUCUCCUAAGAGAGAUCUUAUAGCCCUGGCUAACACUGCAGGAGAGCUUCUCUUGCAUCGACUUGCCAACUUUCAGCGGGUGUGGAGUUUACCGCCCAAUGAGAACACCGGAAAAGAGAUCACAUCACUGGCCUGGAGACCUGAUGGGAAAAUCCUGGCAUUCAGUGUGGGAGACACAAAGCAGGUGGUUCUGUGUGAUGCAGAGAAGGCAGAAAUCCUCCACCUGUUCCCUGUGGAUUACCCAGUGUCCUGCAUGCACUGGAUGGAGGUGCAGGAUGACAGCAGCACAUUGUCCUUAUUCAGCGAGUCUGAAGAUGAGUCCAGCCGUUUCCUUCCAAAGUUACCCACUUUACCUAAGAGCUACAGCACCACGUCAAAGAUAUUUAGUGAAGAGAAAUCAGAUGAAGUCACAAACCUUUUGGGGGAAGUGAGACUUAAUGUCUUGGUGGUGGGAGGGCCAUCUGGAUUUGUCGAGCUUUAUGCGUAUGGCCUGUAUAAGAUCGCCACGCUGAGUGGAAUCUCAGGGACGUGCCGUAGUCUUGGACUGUCUAGUGACCUCAAGUCCCUCUCUGUUAUUACAGAGAUAAGAUCUACCGAAGACAAUCCUGAGAUACAUUACAUACAGCUGGACACUGGGCUGCUGUCUUCCUGUCUGCCUGAGUUGACCAAGAUGGCACGCAAGUUUACGCACAUUUCCACACUGCUACAGUAUUUGCGUCUCUCUCUCACCUGUAUGUGUGAAGCAUGGGAGGACAUUCUUAUGCAGAUGGAUCUCCGCCUGACUAAGUUUGUCCAGGAAAAGAACACAAGCACUCAGGUUCAGGAUGAGUUUCUGGAGCUACUGUUAUGGGGACAUGCAAGCCCUGAACUUCAGGCUCUUCUCAUGAAUCAACUCACUGUCAAGGGCCUAAAGAUGUUGGGUCAGUCCAUUGAUUCUUCAUAUUCCUGCAUCCAGAAACUUGUUAUCAGUCACUUGCAGAGUGGCUCUGAGGCGCUGCUGUAUCAUCUGAGCGAGGUCAAAGGAAUGGCACUCUGGAAGCAGAAGUUUCAACCUCUCGGCCUGGAUCCUGCAGCCAUUGAGGAUGCCAUCGUAGCUGUGGGAUCUUUUACCCUGAAGGCCAGUGAACUUUUACAAGUCAUUGAUAAGAGUAUGAAGAACUUCAAAGCCUUUUUCAGAUGGCUGUAUGUUGCAAUGCUUCGAAUGUCCGAAGAUCAUGUUCCUCCUGAGCUUAACAAGAUGACUCAGAAGGAUCUGGCUUUUGUGGCUGACUUCCUGUCCGAGCAUUUUAGUGCUAAUGAGGAGCUGUUUGAUCGGAAAGGGAAGUAUUUCAACGUUGAGCGUGUCGGACAGUACUUGAAGGAUGAAGAUGAAGACUUGAUAUCUCCACCCAACAUGGAGGGCAACCAGUGGGUGACAUUUGUAAAGCAGAGCACUCAUCUAAAAGACAGUCCGCUGCUCUUCCCCACUUACCCACAGAAGUCUUUGCAUUUUGUCAAGAGAAUGAUGGAGGGGUUCAUUGAUCUGUGCUUACAGAAACCAGCCGAGGUCAUCGGGCAUUCAGUAAAACAAGCUGUGUGUUUACGCUUGUACACUGUUCCUGAGAGCUCAGAAAAUACACCAAGGCUGUUUGAGCUGCCUUCACUGUGGAAUAAUAAGAAGGCUGGUAUGCAUUACGUAGUGUUCUGCAUGCCAGAGAUCUCACCCUCUAAAAUCUAUAUUCUGAGGAGAGCAACAGACCCCAACAGGUCUGUCCCUAAUGGUCUGGUGGCCCUGAACCUCAGCACUCCUCUCAAUUCUAGUAUAGAAGAUGAAACGCCUGCACCAACGUCUACUGACUGCUCGUACAGUUGCCUUGAUGCCCGCUUUUAUGAUGACGAGACAUUGACAGUGGUAUUGCAAAGUGUGGAAGAUGACGAGAAUAAGAUGCGCAUCCUUACUCAGCUUCCUCUAAACUCUGCUAUGAGCUGGGAUGAAGAGUUCACUUGGGACCUUACCCUCAGGCUGGAGCAGCAGACUGAGGGGAUCCCAGUACAGGGUCUGGCCUGGGGAAACCAGAGCAGAGAGAUGGACAACAUCAAGGCUCAGUUUGUGGCAGUUAACGGGAUCCGCAAAGUAGCCUGCGUGCUUAGUGCCAAUCUGAGACACAUACGUGUGUUUGAAAUGGACGCAGAGGAGGAAGAGGAGGAGGAAGAGCGUGCUGAUGAGUCACAGGAAAUGAGCUCGGACCAGGACAGACUUGAGGAAUCAAUGACUACUCAGAGUGACGCUGGGGAAGGUGGAGAUGGAGCAAGAGGGGUUGAGGAUGCUCAGGUGACAGAUCACGGGUCAGGAGACAUUUUGGAUGACACUCCAGGGUCAGAUAUACUUUGAACUCUUUUUGCCCUGAGAUCAAACACGUUCUCCACAAAUGAACUAUGGACUCCUCUACUAUUCCUGGUCAUGUUCUUUAUGUAUUAAAAAGUAUUUUGUGACAAAGAUGAGCUGAUGAACAUUUCACGUUCUCAUUUGUAAAUAAAUGGAUUUACUGUUAAAAAC